AUGCAUGCAUUAACAUCACCAUCAGCUCGAUCUGAUAUAUUUAUGUUUUUUGGUAUUGAUUGUAAAUUCUCAACAGAAGGAAAAAUAGCAUUUGCAUUCAUCAAAACUCUUCAUAUUUAUAUUGGUAAUUUAAUACGUGUAUUUUCAAAUCAUAAUUCACAUUUACCGAAUAAACUUAUUUUUUAUUCAAUUGGUCCUGAUGAUGAAUCGUUUCAAAAAGUGCUUGAUAAUGAAUUACAAGCUAUUCAACGAGCAUGUCAAGAAUUAUAUGGUUAUAAUCAAAUACCUCAAAUUUGUUUUGUUCUUAUUAAAAAACGUCAUCGAACAGUUAUUGAUACCAAUAUUGUUUCACCAAAUGGUUUUGAGUUUUAUCUUAAUUCUCAUGCAACUAUUCAAGGUACAUCAUUACCAAUGUUUUAUCAAGUAUUAGAUAACGAAAUCGCCUUUAUAUCAGAUGAUAUUCAACAAUUAACGUAUUAG